UAGGUGACACACUAAGCAAGGCUAAACGAAAAUUCAAAUUGGCAAAAUAUGAAUGCAAUUCAAGAAAUUCUAGAAGUGAAGAUGAGUGAGAAUUUCAGAGAUCCAUCAGGAUGAUCACAUAUCUUGAUAUGUGUAUCACCAACCUAUCUUCAGUCAGCUCACUCUCCAGACAACUCUUGGAAAAAGCGUUAAUUGUUACCGGCUAGAGCAGCACAGGAAUUCGAUUGAUGCGCAUAAGAGAUUGGUAACAAUAGCUCCUCACAUGUUUGUGCGUUGCGAGGUGACAGCUUGUUUCCUUGGCAACGGUGAUUAUGGCGUUCCAUCCAAGACUCUGAACAGGGCUACAACUUUUCAAAGGAUGCAGAACACAGCCCCAUUGGGGGGAAGAUGGGAAGAAAAUAUUUUACUGUAGACGAAUAGCUUUAUGCAAGUCGUGAGAAGUUUAUGCAACAGCAAGACAUGUCCAAAAGCUCCUCAGGUCUGAAUACAAGCAGCCAUAGAUUCUGUAAAUCCUAUUCCUCUCACUGUUCUGCUCUAAGUGAUACAGAUACUACUUUGCCAGUUUUAUCAAGACACAGAGGAAUACUCCAGCAGAGCGCUGACUCAGGGAUAUCUUCACCACUUCCCUCAGAUUCCUUCAAGUAUCUCACUUGGCAUGAGUUAAAAGAACAUGAUGUUCGCGGAAAUCAGAUUCGUUGCCCCCGGGUAAGAGAAGGGCCUUCAGAAGAAGAGCUAUUUUUCAGAGGAGAAGAAGAUGCCUUGCAAGCAAGAAAACAAGUAACAGAAAAAGAGAAAUGGCAACAGAGGCUGCAAGAAAACUGGGAAAACUGUGCAAAUUUGAACCUUUCAUUUCAGGACUUGGGAGACCUUUACCAGCUAGAAAACUUUAACAGGAUUCUCCGGAGAUUAAUUCGAGUGGAAAGACUUUGGUUGAUGGACAACUCUUUGACAGACCUAAGUGCCAUAAGGUUGCCAAGAUGCAAAGAAUUAAAUGUCAGUAAAAAUCAUUUUACAUCCUUCAAACAGCUGCCAAAGAUACCUCAGAUUCGUCACUUGUCACUGGCUGAUAACAACAUUGAGACACUAAGUGGGAUAUCAGACUUGAGAUCUACUCCACUAGAAUCCCUUAUACUCAAGAGGAACCCCUGUGAGUUCAAAGAAAACUACAGGCAGCUAGUGUUCUCCAAUUUGCCAAACUUGAGAAUGCUGGAUGGGGUCCCAAAGCUGCCAGAGGAUUGUCCACCUCCAGAGAUCAGUUUUCUUUCAAAAAUGUGCACCAUACUGUAGCACUGUAUUUUGUAUCAUAAUGGAGCUAAUGGAAUUGCCAUACUUAACAGAACUAAUAAAUCCAGUACAUACACUUUUUUUCUGAUCAAACAGCUGUAGAGUCCGUCUGGAAAUUUGAUCCAGUUGAAUGUGCAAGAGAGAGAAAACUGAGGAACAGAUUUUAAAAGUUAGGCACACAUAAGUAUACAUACAUCUGCGUACACGUAAUUAAGCUAAUGCAUGCAAAUGUAUGUACGCUAUUGUAAAUUUCUAAGUUUGAAAAUCUGGUCCUGAAUGCUAGAAAUAUAUCAUGUUCCUAGUUCUCAUUUCACUGAUUUACAUUUAAAUUAGAGAUAAAUUGGGCUUAUUGAGCUUUGUCGUCUCUUCUUACUGACACCAACAUUACGCCAUUGACUUCAGUAGAGUCCUGGGCCAAGAUUUUCAAACAUAGGAACUUAAAGUUAGGCUCCUAAAUUCAUAUUUGGGAGCUGCUGGGAACUCAGCACUUUUGAAUGCACUGAUAGUUGCCAGACUACAUGGAACAGAUGGGUCAAAUUCAGAUAUAAUAUAGACUUCCCAAACUAACUUAAAGUUCCUUAUGGUCAUUGAGACUUUUCAGGAAUUCUGUUAAAAAUAUACAAGAAGGGAAUGGAAUUUGGGACUCUCCUUCUGUGUGGUGCUGCGUGGUUAGCAGGAGUGAAAAUGCAGCCAGAACUUCUUUUGCUCACUAACACCAACAGACCUGACUCUGCAUACACACAGGGAGCAGAUCUGAUGAAUGAGAAGC